AUGGCGCCCCCUCAGCCCGAGCUCAAAAAGUAUCUCGACAAGAGACUCUUCGUUCAACUGAACGGCAGCCGCAAAGUCACGGGCGUCCUGCGAGGAUAUGAUGUCUUUCUGAAUAUCGUCCUCGACGAUGCGGUCGAGGAGACGGAUGGGCAGGGCAGGAAGAACAUUGGCAUGGUCGUCAUCCGUGGCAACUCAGUCGUCAUGCUCGAAGCUAUGGAGAGAAUUGCGGGCGAGGACAGACAGCAGCAGCAACACCGAUGA